UGGUUAUACAGCGAACAUUUUUAUAAUGAAUUCAUAAGUGAUUUUUAUUUCCUGUAGGUUUAAACAUAUUAUGAACUUAUUGUAUAUAGCAAAUUACAUUUAUAUAACGAAUGAAAAUUGUUUGUCCCCAGCACUUGGCUAUAAGUGUGCAUUACUGUAGUUGUAUAUAUUAAAUUUUACAACAUUGCAGACGUCCUGAUCGCGGUAGGUCAGCUCAGUGGUAGAGCAUUCACUUCGUAACCAAAACGUCAUCCAAUGGCCGUGUCAAACUUAAUUAGAAGUAAACAUAGAUAGUGAUUGCUCUUUGUCAAAUGCCCAUCAUUUAGAAGUGAGAAUCACAGGUCUUUUGGAUAUGACCUUAAAGCAAUACAAGCUGUAACUGACGGUAUUUUUUCAACUAUCCAAUUAUGCAUUAAAUAACACCUAUCGGUAUAACUAAUAUAAUCCCCAAGAUCUGAAGAAAAAUUCAGCAAAAUUAACAAGGGAAUAUACCUACAAUGAGGGUUUCGUUUAAACUGCCAUUGUGUCAUAUACAAGGACAUAUGGGAACGAGAAUUGCCGAACAUAAUCAGGUUGCUGAAGACCGAGGUUAUAUACAGAGACGGAAACUGACGUGAGUAAAUACACAUGUGGUUUGUUUUAAAAUAUUACAUCAUUUCAUGAAUGACAAGAAGUACAUUAAGUGUAAGAAAGUAAUGAUUAUGCAAAUGUGCUGCUCAAAUAAAAUUUUGAUGGUGAAUUUUCUAUAAAAUUGGCAUGAUAAAUUGUUUACAGAUCUGACACAUGCUCAGUGCCUCUCUUUCGCUUUUUCCGAACUGGUGACCUUCGAGGUCAAAGCACAUCAGAGAUUACGAGCAGGAAUUACUGACAGGAUGACAAUGAUUCGUGAAUCGACAUUUUCUGCUGAUUUGACGGCCGGGUUUAUUGCUUCAGAUUCAUUCUGAUUCUAUUAUUUGUAUUCAAUCACAAAUAUGUUAAAUAUUUGUUCUUUUAUUUUUCAAUUUAUUUGCCGUCAGUUACAGCUUGUAUUGCUUUAAAAAUGGAGGUCCCACAUUGCAACAGGCAUUGGCACGUUAAAGAGUCCUCACUGCCCUGGGUGCUAAGCAUGCAUGGGUCUAGAUUUGGUGUCAUCGCUUAGAGCUGGUGACUUCUCAAUAUGGGUGAAAAAUUCUCGAAACAAGCAUUGCAGAACUUACAGCUUGUUCAUUAUUUGCACCAGAACGUAUGACAAGUUGUGGAUCCCUAUACUAAUUCAGUGUGUAAAAUGGCAGUUUCCCAAGACUUUAGACGCUACUUCUCGAGUAAUCUCAGAAAACCAGUGGGUUCGCUGUCUGAAUUGGAAGGAAAACAUAGAGGCAGCCAAAGAAAUUAUUCAGACACUGCUUGAUAUGGAUUUCAAUUUGUAUGAUGAUGGUGAUGACCUAGAAAAGGUAGCUGAUAAUGCAGGAAGUGUACUGGAGGAUCUAAUGGAAAAACUCAAAAUUAGUAAAUCCCAUGUCACUUGUGAGCCUUUAGUAACCGAGCUGGGCAUGAAACUUUUGGAAAAUCACGAACAUUUUGACAAAUUAUUCAGAUUCUUGAGAGAAGCAGUCGCCUUGGCAUCACUCAAGAACAACAAAGAUUUGAUUGGGCAUUACUUGGAUCGCUUCAUGGCACACCUGAAGGAUGAGAAUGCUCCAUGGGACAACUCAGACCUACACUAUCACAGUAAAGAAUUCAUAACAAACCUGGUGGACUCGGUGUACGAAGAUUCAGGGUACAACAAUGCAGAUGCCGACCAGAAAAUGAUUGCCAUGCUUCUGUACUGUAUGGAGGAAGGCCGUGAGCUUUCGGAUUGGAGCACGGGUGACCUUAAUGUUUAUGGAGUGAUUGCUACAUCUGUAUUGAUAAAAUUUGUCUUUUCAAAAUCUAACAGUCAGUCUCUAAGCAAGCUGAAACCAUUGAUCCCAAGCAUCCAGCGUCUGUUAAAAAACAGUGAAGACGAGACUGUCGCUGACCAAUGCAAAACUGUCCUUUCCAUCAUUGGCCAACAAUCUUCAAAAGUCCUCGAAGCUGAUGACAUUGGGAAUAUGAUUGAUCAUUAUAUUGAAAAUCCUGAUCACCAAUUUUUGGUGGGUUUGGAGUCCGCAUAUGGAAAUGGUCCAGAGGCAUUCACCAAGCGAUUUGAUGACCUGGUUGAAGCAUUCAAGAAAGACAAGCAAACUAAUGGCCUCGUUUUGCAAUGCCUCUUGUUAAAGAAGAUAACUGAAACUCAUCCAGAGGUGUUCACUCCGAGAGCAAUGAAGAUAUUUUUUGAUAUCCAUUAUAUGGAUGAGAAUGCAAACAGUCAAGUCCUCUUAUUCAUGGACAUACUGUCCAAAUCUCGACCAGAACUGUUUGUACCAUAUAUUCCUAAACCCUUGCUGAACCGCAAGCUGAUACUGGAUGCAAUUAGCAGUUAUCACAUGUACAUUAUCACUAGGGUAGCUGCUGUUAGCAAGGACUGCCAAAAGCCUGUCUACAACUUCUUCAUAGAGACACUGAAGAGUUCUACCAAUGAACAUGUCUUGUAUUCAGCAGUGAUGGGAUUGAGGGAGAUGUUGGAGAUCUGUGGUCCAUCUGCAUUCUCAGAUGCUGACAAAACUUUGAUAGACAAACAGAAGACGGAUGCUCCGGCUAAAUACAUUAAAGAUGUGGCCCAGGAUCUUUUGGAUGAAUUGGCAGGACGAAGCUUGGAGAAGGUUUCUAAGGAUGUGGACUCCCAUACAGGACAAAUUGAAAAAUUAGAGAUUGGUGUAUCAGGUACGAAGGUUGUCCUGAAAAAAGUUCACAGAGAGGUCAAGGAGCAGGGUAGAGAUAUCAAGGAGGUCAAGGCUGGUCUGGAAGAGGUCAAUGAAAGGGUUGAUGUUGUGGAGGAUGACCUUGAAGAAACAAAAGUGAAAGUGGAGGAGGUGGAUAAAAAGACAAUGAGUAAUGCACCUACUUGGUCUCGAGAUGUAACAAAACUGAUGAAUCCAGAAUCUGAACAUGAUUGGAGACUCUUGGCUAGUCGUCUUGGUUACAGUCCUGAUGACAUCAGAGGUUGGGCCACCCAAUCAGAUCCCUGCAUGGCGCUGCUGAGUGAAUGGUAUGCCACACAUAAAACGUUUGAAGCAUCUAGAGGAGUGCUGAAUAUUCUGCAGGAAAUGAACCGUUUGGAUGCUGCUGUUAUUGUAGAAAACGCCAUGAAAGCUGCAGAGGGAGUGGUAGCAGAUGAACCAGUAGAUUACCCAGAACCCCCAGAAAUUUUCCUUAGUUACCAGUGGGGUCACCAGAAUGAGGUCAAGCUGAUCAGUCGUCACCUGGAGAUGGCCGGAUAUAAGUGCUGGAUGGAUGUGGGCCAGAUGGGGGGCGGAGAUAAGCUGUUUGAGAAGAUUGACUCCGGAAUCAGGGCAGCCAAAAUCGUCAUUUCCUGUGUGACGGAGAAAUACGCAAAAUCACCCAACUGUAACAGAGAGGUAAACCUUGCUGUCAAUCUCGGCAAGCCGAUGAUCCCACUGUUGAUGGAAAAGAUGGCCUGGCCACCUGCUGGUUCCAUGGGACCAAUAUUCAGUGAAUACCUGUUUAUCCGGUUUUUCCAAAGACCUGGAGAGGAAACUAAGGAUGACCGAAUUUGGCCUGCUGCUAAGUUUACAGAACUUCUCAUGCAGCUCAACUGUUUAAAAGUGAUGCCGGAUGAGAAAACAGUUACAAAAGAGUACAAGAACUGGUGGAUUCCAGUGGUGGAGAAUAUUGUAAUUCCAAAGAAGAAACAGAACAAGGCCAGCACACCUGCUCCAGCUGCCAAACCAGCGGAAAAGGGUACAUCACCUGAUGUUUUCAUCUCGUACCAAUGGGGAAAGCAGAAGGAGAUAUCUGCAUUGUUCCAGAGACUGACCAGUCUGGGGUUCACCUGCUGGAUGGACAUUCAUCAAAUGGGAGGCGGGGACUCCCUGUUUGACAAGAUUGACCGGGGGGUCAGAGGUUGUAAGGUCGUGUUGUCCUCGGUAACCACCAAGUACGCUCUGUCUGCCAACUGUAGGAGAGAGGUCAGUCUAGCAGAUGCUCUGAAGAAGCCUAUCAUCCCUAUGUUGAUGGAGAAAAUAGACUGGCCCCCAACUGGACCAAUGAGUAUGGUUCUUACACAGUUAUUGUAUGUCAACUUCUCAAAGGAUGAAAGUGUGCAGUUAUCUUGGGAGGGAAAGUAUUUUGAUGAGCUUCUGAAGAAGAUUAGAGAAAAUAUUCCAGAGGAGGGCAACCAUGAAGUAGGAAAAGGUCAAGGUAAUGAAGACAAAGAAAAAGGUCAGGGUAAUCAAAAAUCUGAAAACAAACAAGGUCAAUCAGAAAAGGUUCAGACUCAGGACAAAAAUCAAGCACAACCUGUUAAAACUACAGAAACAAAGAAAAACCAUGAUGCAGAAAUAAAGGACAAUAAACAGGUAGAAAAUGACAUCAAAAAGCAGGACGCACCAAAGGAGGAGAAUGUUACCAAGACAGCAGCAUCUAUGUCUAGCAAUACACCGGCAGAGGAGACUCCACCCGAGACCCAGAAAAAGAAAUCCUCUACAUGUGUGCUACUAUAGUCUUAAAAAAUUGAGAAUAGAAGAUGUAAAAUAUCAAUUGUAAUCAGAAAAUCUGAAAUUUCUAAACAAACUGCUGAUAUUUUUGUUGUCAAAUUUACACACUUUACAUUUUUUGGUUACUGUUAUACUCCAUCCAUCCUCAGAUUUACAACCUUAGAGAGCCCCAUAAUGAUGAUGAGGUGUUUAGCUGACAUCUUUAAUUUAGUCAAUAUCUCAUCAUGAAAUAAAAUGAUAUGUUAACUCGCUAAUAACUUUUUUAUUUACUAAUAACUAGGAAUCAUGCCAGACAAUCAUUUUGUUACAGAAUCAGCUUGGACAGAGUUGAUGGUAAUUUCCUUUCUAGUAAUUUCUACUGGCUACAGUGGCUAGUAGUUGGGCUGUUUACUUCAGUUUCUGGGGAGGCCCAGGUUCGAUUAUGUCGCACCAAAGAUGCUUAACAUACAUGUAGGUAGAGACUGACUCAUCAACAAGAGGCAGGCGUUAAAAGUGAAAGGCACAGGUGUUUUGGAUAUGAUCUUAGAAUUGAAGGUACCAUGACAUGGUAGGCAUUGGCACAAUAAAACAUCUGAUGGGGCUGAGGUCAAAAUUUAAGACAGUUUACUAAAAUGCUGGUGAAUUCUCUGCCUGAGUAAAAAAUCCUCAAUUAUGAUGUAAAGCAAUAUAAAAACAAAGUAAAUUUUAUUUUCAUACCGGUGGAAUAAAAGAUACAGGUUUUUGAUGUGCCAUUAAUGAGAGAAAGAUAUCUCAUAUAUAUAUGCUUUUUAAAUAUCUUUAUACAUACCUGUGUUAUAUAUUUUUAUUUACAAGCAUAAUAUUGAACAAUAUCAUCAGGGUGAAGAGAUGUAUUUGCAAUUUGGGUACCCAUGUUUUGAAUUCUCUUGUCAUAUCAUUUAAAAUGCAAUAUUAUGCCACAUUUUUAUGUACAUGUAAUUUUCUAAACCAAUUUUUACCUGUGUUUUUGUGAUGUGAUUUUUACCCCCAAACAGUCCCACAUGCUUUUAUGUAUGCAGUGCUGAUGUUCUCUGGGUUACAGUGAACCAACAAAUUACAAUUUCACCUGUAAAUGCCACAUUGAUACUUAUAUUGUAUUAUUUUUUACAAAGUGACUGUGAUAGAUAUUACAAUAAGUUAUAAAUCUUGUAAAGCAUGAUUUGGCAGGGUAAACUGAUUUCUCUGAAACUGCUCAUUUGCAAUUCAUUACCAAUACAUUUGCCUUAUUUUUCUUUUAUCUUUGAUACAUCUAUUUCAUUGUUUUUGUACACAUUUAUAUUGGUCAAAUUGUGAGUGCCUACUCUUAUGAUUACUAUGAUAAUAAAUACAUAUAUGUAUCUAUUCUAGAGAGUGAAGUCUUUUAGAUCUAGCAAUGCAGUUACUAAACUCUUUCUGUGUUUAUAGGAAUAAAAUGUUGAUGGUAAUAUU